ACUCACAAACAAACCUAUGCGUUUCGCGAUUUCGCCCAAAUUACUCUCACUCAGACACUCUGCUCCCUCGUUCUACACCCAACCGUUAUGGAAUCAUUCCAUGCUUCGAAUCCCUAGAUUCUUCGCCGUCAACGUCCGCAACCCUAACCCUCCCUCCCUUCUCUCCGUCUCCGCCACCGUCGCGGCGUCUCCUCCUCCGUCGCGAAACCGAACUCCGCUGCUCCGGAUGGCGCCACGCGAUUCGAUGAAGGCGGAGUACGCGAAAUCGAACCGGUCAUCGUGCAAGGCGUGCUCCGAAGCCAUCGAAGCCAAGUCCCUGAGGUUGGCUUCGGUCUCCAAGGGCAAGGGUCCCUACGACGUCGUCAAGUGGCACCACCUUCGUUGCUUCCCUCUAUCCUCGCAUUCUCACUCCGCUCCUGAGGCUAUUGAAGGAUUUUCCUCCUUGAAGAUUAGUGACCAGGAAGCUCUGAAGAAGUUAUUUGCUGAAAAUGACAAGGCUGAAGAGAAGGUUCAUAAAGUAGUGGAAAAUGUACAAAAUGAAGUGCAAGAAACUGAAGAAGGUAUUUCAAAGAAAAGGAAGGUUCAUAAAGUUGUGGAAAGUGUACAAAAUGAAUCACAAGAGACUGAAGAAGGUGAUUUAAGGAAAGGAAAGUUGUGCCCACCUGAUGUUAAAGCUGUGGUGAACAUUAGUUUUUUGGUUUCUGAUGUCAAGAGCAAGUACAAGGAAGCCAACCUUUUACCAAAAUGGAAGGCAUUCCAAACGGUCAUAUUUCUUGAACGGGAUGAUGGUCUGCAUGAUUCAAGUAAAAUUGCUGCAUUUGAUUUUGAUGGCUGUCUUGCAAAAACAGCGGUGAAUAGAGUGGGUGCAAAUGCUUGGUCCCUUAUGCAUUCAUCAAUUCCGGAUAAACUACAAAGCCUAUACAACGAUGGCUACAAGUUGGUAAUUUUCACCAAUGAAUCCAAUAUUGAACGUUGGAAGAAUAAGAGGCAAGUUGCCGUUGACUCAAAAAUUGGACGUCUAAAUCAAUUUAUUGAGAAAGUGAAGGUUCCAGUUCAGGUUUUUAUAGCUUGUGGGCUAGGUAAAUCAGGUAAAGCACAGGAAGAUGAUCUUUUUCGCAAACCCAAACCGGGGAUGUGGUAUCUUAUGGAGCAACACUUCAACUCUGGCAUUGCCAUCGAUAUAGAUCAAUCCUUUUAUGUUGGUGAUGCAGCCGGGAGAGAAUCAGAUCACAGUGAUGCUGAUAUUAAAUUUGCAGAGGCCAUUGGUUUAAAAUUUUAUGUCCCUGAAGAGUACUUUGCCUGAGCAUCUAAUUUAGCCAUUAGUUCGUAGGAUUAGGAAGGUUAAGGUCUUAAGGACUUUGUUUGAAAGUCGCAUUAUGGAAGUUUGGACCAGAAAGGAUGUAAAUGGAUUUCUGGGCAAUCCUAAACCCUAAGUGUUGUGUUUGGUAAAGAAUUGAAUAUAAUGGAAAACGUUUUCUUCAA